GACCCCCCCACCCCUUCCCAAACCAUAAAUCUCCUCGUCGAGUGGUUCUUGAUCGAGAAUGGGGUUCUUCCGGAGGAUCGCCGGUUUUCUUGGCCUCGCGAGGGACGAAGCAAACGGGGCCGCCGCCGCCGCCGCCGUUGCCGCCGGCGGCGACGGCGGCGAGGAGGAGGAGGAGAAUAAGCGGACGGGGAAGAGCUUGCCGCGCGGCCGAGCCAAAGGGUUCAGGGUCCAGGUCCCCCUCACAGUCGAGAGGCCUAGCAUAGGGCCCGUCCUCAUUCCUUGCGGUCCCGGCGAAGGCGGAGUCCAGGGAUUCAGGUGGUACACAAGGAGACUAAGGAUUGAUGAGGAUGGAGAUGUGGCAGACGAAUUCCUGCAUGAGAUCGUGCCUCAGGCUUCCAGCACUGAUAAACAGAUGGCACGGCCGAAGUUUCAGGUGAAGUACAAUAACUGGCCCACUGCCAUGGCUAUGAGAAAACAAGUUAUCGCUGUUGAUGGGAACGUCAAGCUGUGCCUGGAGCACCAGGGGAAAUUGCAGUGGGUUUGAAAGGGAAUUCCACAGGCUUUUGUAAUGAUGCCACUGUUUUGCAUCCCCGAUGGUCUCUGGUAAUUGGCAUCACGCAUCAGAGCGCUCUGGAGCCUAGCCUGCAUCUGUCAUCAACUCCAAGUCAUGCUGGGUGGUGGAAUUCGUGUUGCUGUUACACAAAACUAACCAAUCAUUUGUGCUGAUAUGUGAUUGCAUCUAGUCUGAUCCAUUCUUCAAACUGCAUUGCGAUUUUCUCCACCCAGUGUGAAAAUUGCUUUAGCCACGAUUCUUAGAGUUUUAAAGAAGUGAGGAUUCUUGUUUUCUUUUUAAUGCUUUCGAUGUUACAAUCAAACAUCUUGUUCAUAUUAGAAUGUACACUUGAGAAAAAUUCUGUCAUUUUGCCUUAACUCACCUUUCCCACCA